CCCUUCCCAGGAAAAAUAAAAACUUGAAAUCUUUAAUCUUGUCGGCCUCAAAAUAUAGUUUCUUGCUUAUUCGAUUUCUACACACUCACUUCAUAAUUCCGCUUGACCAAUUGUUGUUUACUUUCAACUGAGCUCAGUUUAAUUGGGAGUUCAAUCGGAGAAAUGAACAUCAAAUCUUGAAUUCACAGCUGAAAAUUCAAAUGGCGAUCAAAGGGGUUGAUUUCAAGUGGUAUGAUGGGUUCUUCUUGUCUAUGCUAGCUACAAGUGUAAUCAUUGUGGCAAUCAAUUGGAAGAGAUACCAUUCAUGUGCGAACCCGUUGCACAUAUGGAUUGUGGUUGACUAUACGACUGUGUUCAUUUUCCGGCUCUUGAUGUUUGUGGAUAAUGGGUUGGCUGCUGGAAUGGGAUUAGAUCUCGGUUGGCAGCAGAGAUAUAAACGUUUUUACGGAAGGAUUGUUGUGCUAUCCGUCCUUGUUCUGCUACUUUAUCCCUUCCUUCUGGCUUGGACGGUCAUCGGUACUCUUUGGUUCAAUCGUUCAAGAACCUGCUUGCCAGAAGAUGGUCAAAAAUGGGGUUUCCUUAUUUGGCUGCUUUUCAGCUAUUGUGGACUCGUGUGCAUUGCUUGCAUCUGUAUGGGAAAGUGGUUAACAAGGAGACAGGCACAUCAAUUGCGUGCACAACAAGGGAUCCCCGUUUCAGAAUAUGGAAUUCUCGUCGACAUGGUUAGAGUGCCAGAUUGGGCCGUUGAAGCUGCUGGGCAAGAGAUGAGAGGGAUGGGUCAAGAUGCAGCAGCGACGUACCACCCAGGACUUUACAUGACCCCAGCUCAGAGAGAAGCAGUGGAGGCACUCAUUCAAGAACUUCCAAAAUUCAGGCUCAAGGCAGUUCCAACUGAUUGCAGUGAGUGUCCAAUAUGCUUGGAGGAGUUUCGCGUUGGAAACGAGGUUCGAGGUUUGCCCUGUGCUCACAAUUUUCACGUGGAGUGCAUCGACGAGUGGCUCCGGCUGAACGUGAAAUGCCCCAGAUGCCGUUGCUCCGUCUUCCCGAACCUCGACCUGAGUGCGUUGUCGAACAUCCCCACUGACACAGAGAGGCCGCCGCCCUCUACCAACGUUGUCACUGCUGCUCCAUAUGUUAGAAACCAGACUCCUAGCCAAAGCUAUCUGUUGAGAAUGCAGGGGUUUCUCCGUCCCGUACGGUCGGAGAACGGCAGUGAGGGGGAUGCUGCAGAAACACAGUCGAGCCGAGGGACGUCGCAUAGCUCGGAGCAUGUGCGAGUGGUUCUCGACGAACCGGCUCCGCCUCUGCCUUGAGUCAGUUACUUUGAUUCUCGUUAGCCUAACCACCCUAACUCGAUUGCUUACCGUUUGCAACCGUCUCCGGCCGUUACCUCUGUUGUUACUUUACAAGUACAGUACUCUCUACUAAAUGAAUGAAAAAAAAGGCUGAAUUUUGUGUA